AUGACCAUUGCACAAUACAAGCCUUAUGACAGGGCAUUCUGUCGCAUAUUCAAUGAGAGCAUGAAAAUAGAUGAUGGAUGGUACUACCUCUAUGGACCAGACCGCAACAAUGUGUACAAGUACAACCAACGAAAUGGUCAAUGCACUGUAGCAUUUCCAAUGGACGACAAGCGAAUGGGAUUGUCUUAUGAUCUAUACUACAAGCAUUACUUUGAUGCAUAUGAAGAUAACAAGGAUAAACCAGAUGCACACACCAAACUAACUACACAGGGCAUCCCUUAUCUGGAUUAUUGCGAUCCAAAGGCAUUGCCAUUCUGGGAUUCACUCGUGCGCGGUGGCAAGAGCCAAUGGUAUGUGCAUGCUGACUUUCCCAAUAGGAUAUUCUUCAAAUCAUGGGGUGAAUACUGCACCCCGGAAGAUGUUACUGCAAGAAGCAUGGGCUAUAUUGAGAAAUACAAGGAUUUCUGGCCAGAUGAGCCAAUUGUCACAUCUGCUAAGCGCAAGAUGGAUGAUGAUGACAUCGUAGUCAUCAAGAAAUGCAUCAAACUACUAAAUGAUAUCAUAGCAACCUCUACACCAUCCUAA